AUUGCGUUGUCAUGGCAACGGGCGUGUUGUUUAGCCGCUGUAAACAAAUGAAUUUCGGCCAGUCAAACAUGAAAUGUGGUUUUACAAUUUCUUUAAAAUAUAAUUGAAUUUGAUAAUUUUUAAAUAUGUAUAUGGAUAGUUUUAACGUCUCUUACGCAUUUUAGAAGUAGAAAAUGAGUCAAAACCAAGCAAAGAAGGAUGAGCACAAAAAGAAAGAUGAAAAGAAAAAUCCAGAAGAAAACAUGUCAGAAAUCGACGAACACAUUCUCAAGAGGUUUGACGUAAAGAAAAGAUUGGGCAAAGGUGCUUAUGGAAUAGUCUGGAAAGCCAUUGAUAAAAAGAGCAAAGAUGUCGUGGCAAUUAAAAAGAUAUUCGACGCGUUCAGGAACCAAACAGAUGCCCAGAGGACCUUUAGAGAGAUUAUAUUUCUACAAUCGUUUCGAAACCACCCAAAUAUUGUCAAGCUUCACAGUAUACACAGGGCUGCUAAUAACCGAGAUAUAUACCUUGGAUUCGAAUACAUGGAAACUGAUUUACAUAACGUGAUCAAACGGGGAAACAUUCUCAAGGACAUACAUAAACGAUAUAUUAUGUACCAAAUGCUGAAGGCUACGAAGUAUAUACAUUCCGGAAAUGUCAUACAUAGGGAUCAGAAACCGAGUAAUGUCCUCAUUGAUAGCGCUUGCAGGGUAAAGUUAGCUGAUUUCGGGCUAGCAAGGUCGGUGUCCUCAAUAUACUCUGGUGGAGAAGAAGGUGCUGAUCCUUGUUUGACCGAUUACGUCGCAACUAGGUGGUACAGAGCACCCGAAAUACUCAUAGCUAGUAAGAAUUACACAAAGGGCAUUGAUAUGUGGUCUUUGGGAUGUAUCUUGGGGGAGAUGUUAACUGGAUCUCCCCUCUUCCCGGGAACCUCGACCGUGAAUCAGAUAGAAAGGAUCAUGGCUGCUCUGCCCAGACCCUCGUCUGAAGAUAUCGCAGCGGUUUGUACUGGCUACGGCUCCUCUUUAAUUAAAGAGCAAGCAACAGGCAAAGGCGCAGGCUCAUCUCUGACGUCACUUCUGUCAUGUGCCCCUCGUGAUGCAGCAGACAUGGUUCAAAGACUGCUAGUAUUCAACCCUGCUAAGAGAUUGAGUGCAGAACGAGCUUUGCAUCACGAAUAUGUAUCCAAGUUCCACCGCGAACGUGACGAGCCAUCUCUCCCGUCAGACGUGCUACUUCCCCUUCGGGAUGACAAGCAGAUGUCAGUCAAUGACUACAGGAAUAAACUGUACAGCAUCAUGGCUAAGGGGUUUCUAGGGAGCCCUCAGUUACGAAAGAGUCAUUCCAGUGUCAAAACACACGUCCAUACGCCUGUGAAGUCUAAAAGUUUUCAAGAUACUGAAGUUAGGCACAAGAAGUUAAUAACAUCAGCGGACCCCAAGCCUCGGACCAAAUCUAAAACUUUGGAACGACCGAUCAAAGAAUUUCGAUCCUAUCAAACAAUAGCGGACAAGGAGAAAUUGAGUAAGCCAGUGAAAGCGACCAAACCGUUCGAACACGACUGGUUCGGCAACUGCCGAGGGGACUAUCUCGAAGCAAAAGACAAAAAACCAAUGAAUUUUAUCACUAAGGACUUCUUUCCGGUUCGCCAGAGUCCUUCCGAAUCCAAAAAGAACGUUCAGCAAAGAAGAAAUUCCACGUCCUUCUCGACGAUUACAAUUGGAGACUCGGAGCUCAGUUUCGGUAAGAGUUCGAAACAUGGGGUCAUCACUGCUAGCGCUUUAAUGGAUCUAAGAACGAGCAUACGAUGAGAAACACCAAACAAUGCUUUGAUGUUAUUAUCCAUACAUUCUUUUAGUUAACAAUUCUGUUGAUAAUCUUAUUGAAAUUGGUUUGACACGGUUAACUGCCUUUUUUAGAAGCUCCAAUUUUAAUAAUUUGUUUUAAAUUAGUGUAUGUCGCUUUAUCAAUUAUGUUUUAAAACUGUUCUUAUACAAGAAUUCAUCUUAUUUUUUAACUUAAUAUAGAAGGCUUUAUUCGUGGCGGAUAAACGAAUUUUUAAGGUUGUGCCGCACGCUCUACAUUUGUCAUGUCCUAGAUCCAAAAAUUUCCAUGAAACUCCAUAUAAAUAAUUUUUGGUGUUGAUUUUUGUGCACAAAAUUAUACACAAACUACCCAGUUCGCAGCCUCCAACCAGUAGUAGGACUGACAUGUAUAACUUAUUCUAAGUGAGAGCUGAGGGCGCAGAGGUGGAUUACUGGUCGAGGGCGGCAAACCAGCUGGUUUACUCUAGAAUAUGGAAGUUUGCUGCACCAAAUGUACAAUGACAAGUGAGAGGUGAAAGUCAUCGACAAAAUUUCUUGCAGACUUCUUUCUGUAAAACAUCAGAAAUGCAAAAUUUGUUCGAUUUCUAUUAGGUAGCAAAAAAAAAUUAUCUCCCCAAAUUUGCCCCUCUAGGCUUAAGCCUACUCAGCCUGCUGGUAAUUCCGCCACUGUUUAUUCGUGGUAACAUUUGACAUGUUAACGUUUUUGAACCGACGUAAUAAACAAUGGAAGGAGCAAUUUGUGAAACUUUUUUUUGUAUAGUGGCUCAAAUUUCGACAAAAAAGGAAAUGAGUUGGGUUGGGAAGUUCUUAAUUUCACUCACUCACUUUCAGAACUAUUUUGAUAUUAAGUACUGAUAUUUUUACAUUGUUGUAUUCAGAAGAUUGGAAUGUCUUUAAACGGCAUUUGGUUGAUAAAAAUAAUCUUGUUAACGUUAGAUAUAUGGAAUUAGUUAAUAAUAGGACUGUCGUGUGAUAGGGACUCAAGUUUGCCGAAAUGCAUUCAGUUGGACCAAUAUUAUUGUAACACUGCCAUACCGCAAUAAUAUACCAUUUAGAUCAUUCAUAGACAAAGAUGUUUAUUGUCUAUAUUAAGUCUUCUCUCUAUGGUUGCAAUAAAUAAUCUAUGUAUAACAUUUUGCCUUAUUAACAUUUCAAUGUAUUAUAUAUAUAAACAUUAUAAACUUGCGCCGACGCCCUGUGACGAUGAGAACGUUAUUUGAAUAUAUAAUACAAUUGACAGAAUGCUAUCUGUCAAACUUUACAUAGAUAAUAGUUUACUAGUUAAAUUUGACUUGGGUUUGAAUUUGAAAUGUGGUUGCAGAAUACCACGGUAAUGUUUAAAAAUCAUGAAUAGAAUAAGACAAAUUUUUGUUUAAUUUCUAUAGACUCAUAAGGUGUUUAGAUUUGCCGUUUGAUACACAAUAAAAUUUUAAAUAUU